GAUUCUGGAAGCCGGGCUGCGCCGUCUGCGUGGCGGGCCCCCCGUGAAGCGGCAGGGGGCAGCCGCCGCCUCCCCCGCCCGGCGGCUCUACGCCGUUUGCGUAGCGUGCCCCAAGAUGGCGUCGCGGUCGUCGUCGUCGGCGGUGGCCGGAGCGCUGGCAGCGGCGGCGGAGCGGCUGGAAGUGAAGGGAGGGAUGAGGCGGGCGAAAGGCGGCAGCGCGUAGCGGGCGGCUCCCGGCCUGUGGGAGACAGAGCGGAGACCGAGAAAGAGACUGUCGCGGGGAGGCGGCCCCCCUCCGUGUGUCCCCCCCCUCCCCGUCCUUCCCUGCCCGCCCCUCACGGGAGCCCCGGCGGGUCCUUCCCGGCGCCGCCACCCUGCCCGCCCCCGCCGCCCUCUAGGCCGCGGGCCUCGCCGUCCUCCGGCCUGCCCCCCGCCUCCCCGCUCCCCUCAGCCCCCAGCCGCCCCCUCGGAGCGGAGGAUGAUGAAGCUCAAGUCCAACCAGACGCGCACCUACGACGGGGACGGCUACAAGAAGCGGGCGGCCUGCCUGUGCUUCCGCAGCGAGAGCGAGGAGGAGGUGCUGCUGGUGAGCAGUAGUCGUCAUCCUGAUCGAUGGAUUGUCCCUGGGGGUGGCAUGGAGCCCGAGGAGGAGCCCAACGUGGCCGCUGUGCGAGAAGUCUGUGAAGAGGCUGGAGUGAAAGGGACGUUAGGAAGAUUAGUGGGAAUUUUUGAGAAUCGGGACAGGAAACACAGGACAUAUGUUUACGUACUUAUCGUCACAGAAGUGUUGGAAGACUGGGAGGACUCUGUCAAUAUCGGAAGGAAAAGGGAAUGGUUUAAGAUAGAAGAUGCCAUAAAAGUUCUGCAGUAUCAUAAACCAGUGCAGGCCUCGUAUUUUGAAACCUUGAGGCAAGGUUGUUUGGCAAACAACGGCACUCCUGUCAUGACCACGACGUACUCUGAGAGCUCCGUGUCUGACAUCAGAUGACUGAAGACGUCCCCAGGAGGAAAAUUUUGAAAAAUAGACUGAAACACGGAUUUCCCUCCCCCCUCCCCUUUUUCACAUGCCUCCUCUAUCAAACAAGGCAUGGGCAGCAGCCUGUGGCAGAGCAAGUGUUGAGAGUGCUGCAAUUUAGUGCAAGGUGGGAUUAUUAUUUUUUUGUUGGCUUUUUUUUUUUUUGCUUUUUUGGAUAUGUAUUUUGUAAAAUACAUUUUGUGCAUGAAGUGCCCCUUUCCCGUUACACCGCUUCCAUGGCCUGGCGAGCAAGGCUGCCAGUUUCGCCUCUGCCUUGUGUUCUGAAGUGUCCCGUUUGUGUCAUCCCAGCCAUAGCCACUUUUUUUUUUUUUUAAUUGAAAGACUUCAAAUGUGAGAUCAGCUCUUUAAGUCUUAGUCUGUACUGUAAGGUGCUGUUCGGACCUGUGUGGUGGUCACUUUCAGCGCAUAUGUAUAAACUUUUUUUAGGUGGAGAAUCUAACAUUUUAAUUCUACGGGAAUUUUUUUUUAAUCCUGGUCUGCUUCUGAAAAGAAGGGUUCAUAAUUAAUCUGUUUGCCUUUUGUUCUGUUUUUUUUUAAAAAAAAACACAAAAAACC